AUGGAAGAAGAGGAAGAUAUUUCUUCACCCUUCUGGCUGCAAAACAGCAGCACCAACCGCCGCCGUCUCCGCCGCUCAUAUUCUAUAUUCCUCAGCUCUGGCACGGUUGUUAUAAUCCUUCUAGUAAUUACACUUGCAUUCAUCUUAGUUAUAGUUCCUACAUUGCACUCUUUCACUUCCCACCUUCUCAAACCCAAUUCUGUGAAGAAGAGUUGGGAUUCUCUCAACCUUUUGCUUGUUCUCUUUGCCAUAUUCUGUGGCUUCCUUAGCAAAAACAAUAACAACAAUGAAAGUCCGCGUUCGUACAAAGAUCGCACCUUUUCAGACACAAACACACGACAAGAGUACGAGAAACCAAACCCAGAAACAGAAACACAGCCACAUUCUUGGUAUGAGUACUCAGAAGAUAGAACUCCAUAUAACAGGCUGAGGAGUUUCAACUCCUACCCGGAUCUCAGGCAAGAGUCUUGGUGGGUAACCGGAGAUGAACGGUGGCGAUUUAGCGAUGAUACUCGUGUUAAUGGUUACAAUCAUGGAUUGGACUUAAACUUGAAAGAAGAAAAAGAAGAAACAAGAAUCAAGAGCAUUGAAGUGAACACAUCUUUGAAAGGAAAGAAUAAGAAGAAACAAGCUGAAACGAUUGAGAAAACAAAAAAUAGUAACGCUGUAGAAAAAAGUGCAAUAAAGGAUGAGAAAGCGUAUCAAUCUUCGAAAGGGAAAGGGAAGAAGAAGAAGCAUAGACAUAAAAGCGUUGAAAAUUUUCAGAGCCUUCUGAAUUCUGAACCUCCUACUACUAUAGCUUCUUCUUCAUCUUUUGAUAAUUUAUUCUAUUCCAAGAAAAACAAACAGAAGAAGCAUAAGUCUGUUACGCCGUCGCAACAUCAUGUUUCAUCCAAGACUGUGUCAAAAACAAAGGAUGUGGAUUUUUCUGUGAUUAUCGGUAAUGAGUCGCCUUUGAUCUCAAUACCUCCGCCACCUCCCCCACCGCCACCGUUCAAGAUGCCGGCGUGGAAGUUUAAGGUACAGGGUGACUUUGUUAGAAUAGAUAGUAUUAGUAGUACAAGUAGUGGUUUGGCAGAUAUAGAUGAUGAUGAAGUAUUGGAGUUAGCAGAACCUGGAAUUGAUCUGUUGGUGUAUCCUAAUCCCAACCCAGAUGUUGAUAACAAAGCUGGCAGUUUUAUUGAAAGCUUCAGGGCUGGUCUAAGAAUGGAGAAAAUGAAUUUAAUGAAGAAUCAAGGGAUAGGGGAUUCUAAUCUCCAUAAUAACCUUCAUCACCAAAACUGA